GCCAUAGUGACAAGCACAGCAACAGACGCUCACGCAAGGUGAACGUUGUGUUUACUGAAUAUAAAAUCAGAAAUCAUGUCUUUUAGAGAUCUGAGAAAUUUUACAGAGAUGAUGCGAGCGCUCGGCUACCCUCGUCUCAUCUCCAUGGAGAACUUCAGAUCUCCUAACUUCCCUUUAGUAGCUGAAAUCCUCAUCUGGCUUGUUAAGAGCAAAGGAACAGGAGGAGAUGGAGGAACGUCUUUGGAGGAUUGUGAUGUUAUUUUGGGCCUUGAAUGGCAUCUGAAUAUGUGUUUGCUUGUCUGUUUUCAGGAGGGCAUCCAAAUGACAAAGGAUCUGCUCAGUAACGUAUCGUCAGAUGAGGCUAGCCUGGAGGCCAAAAUCGAGAAGAAGAAACAGGACCUGGAGAGAAACCAGAAACGCUUUCAAACUCUACAGAGCUUGCGUCCAGCGUUUAUAGAUGAAUAUGAGAAGAUCGAGGAGGACUUGCAGAAGCAGUACCAGACAUACGUGGAGAAAUUCCGUAACGUGAGCUUCCUGGAGCAGCAGCUAGAUGACUAUCACAGAGCAGAGCAGGAACGCUUCGAGGAAGCAGAGAUGGCAAUGAAAAUGAGACAAAACAAAUUAAAAGAGGAGGAGAAGAGCCUCAUGAGGAGUGGAGCAAGAGAUGAAGACUCAGAUGUGGACAUACCAGAGGAUGAAGGAUCUGACAGCGACAUCGAUGAGGGACAGCAGCCCAGACCACGACACGCACAGAUAUCAGGUCGAGGUGGCGCUCGAUUCAUUGGCAGUAUGAGGGCUGGAGACAGUGAUGAGUCAGUGGAUAGUGAGAUUGAUGUAGACGAUGGUGAGGAAGAUGAGGAGGAAGAGGAAAACGAGGAUCUGAAUGAGGGUCUGGAGGGCUCCUCUGCCAAACUCGGACGCUCAAACCGAUCGCUGCACCCACAAAUCCUUGAGGAGAGCGAUAAUGAUUUUUAACAUGCAACCAGCAUUCAUUAAAGGAAUAGUUCACCCAAAAAUUUUAAUAUUCGGAACAUUUCUGAACCUCAGGCCGUCCAAG